AUGGACCCCCUUCUUUUUACUGCUCCUGCUCGUAUUCGAAUCUUACUCGUCCCAGUACAUCCCAUUAAAGCGCCAACUUUUCAUAAACACGUUCAACUAGUGAAAAACUUUAAUGUAGUAAGACUUGGGGACGUUACCCCGGAUAUGCGAGGUGUUCAAUCCAUGUUCAGCUCACAGCUAUUUCAUGAAGGUCAGCUACACUUUAACUUCGUGACUUCUUAUGAACCGGAACAUGCUUAUCUUGAAGAAUUCCAAAUGCAUCGUAGGAUUUUUGGGGUAAUCGGUAUAAUGGAUUGUCGCGAGUGGCCGAAUUUAAAGGAAGGGUAUAAGAAAUUUAGCGAGAUCAUUAAAAAUUAUCGCACUGCUGUUGCCCAUCGAUGUUUUGCAUUUGAUCCUUCAGAAGAUCAGCCUGAUGAUACUAAAGGAUUAAUCAUGAUUCCGGAUGUUGGAAAAAUAGAUUUUUAUAUGGGCACAAUGAUCUCAGAUUUUGCAAAUAGUAUUCUUAACGAAUUCGGAAAUUUAGCGGCCGAUAUUGAAAGGAGAACAAUUGUACAUUCACCGAAAAUUCCAUCACCAAAUUCUUCCCAAUCUCAGUCGACAAAUGGACGAUAUUCUACACCUCUCCAAUCAUAUUCGGCCCCUGAUUUAAAAUUACUUCAAACACCCCCAGCUUUCCCACUUACACCCCCUGUUCAAGCUAUGACUACCACUGGUGUUGGAGCCGCAGCAAAUGUUAGCCCUAAAGAAAAUUCCUACCAUAAUAGAUCAUUCUCAUCGUCAACGCUAGUCAAUAUUGCUAAUGUUCCAAAUACAGUCGCUGAUAUUAAAUUAAAGAGGAGAGCAACUGGCCGUAUUGAAAAAUUAAUCGCAGACUUAUUUUUAAUGGCCGGAAGAUUACCUGAUGCUGUAUCACAUUAUUCUCUCGCUAUUGAAGCCACAAAAGCGAAUGGUGAUUAUUUAUGGCAAGGGUCAGCUUUAGAAGGAUUAUGUGUUGGGUUACUUCUUGCGGCCUACCUCCAUACAGAUGUUGGGCCGCAUUAUCUUCAACAUCCGUCUUCACCAAGUCCAAAUGAUUCAUCAGCUCCUUCAUCACCUGAGUCACCUCAAGCUCUUUGGAUAGAUAUAACUGAAAAAUAUGUUAAUAUCCUUACGUUAUAUGCCAAAACUUCGAGUCCUUCAAAUAAUCAAGUGCCCCCUUUAAUUUAUACGGAAGCUUGUUUGAAAGUUGCAAAAUAUUUGGCAUGCAUAUGGGUAACGGGCGGAUGGGGUGAUGAUGCAUUAAAACUAAUUGUUCAUGGUGGAACUCCAGAAAAGGGAUUAAAUGAGAGAUGGGGAUUAAGUUCCGUAAGUGGGGUUUCGAAAAUUGAAGUCACUCGGUGGGCGAUGAAAGGGUAUGGAUCUUAUAUAGAAGAGAUGAGCAUUACUGAACAGAUUCAUAUAACUACUACGUUAUCGGCAAUCUUUUCAGUAAUUAAUUUUCGUCGGAAACAUGCAUUUUUUCUUCGACAAACAGCUUUGUUAAUUUUACCACUUCUUUCUAAACCACGUAAUUCGUCACCACAAACCAAUAAAUCAUCGAUCGGAAGUGAAAGUGGAUUAUUAACUUGUUUAAAGAAAAUCACGGAAAUUUAUGGUGUAGGAGAUGAUGUUGACCAAACAGAUUAUUCUGUGAUCGAUGAAGAUGCACGACCGCUCGAUUUCGGUUGGCCAGAUAUUCAAAUCGACGUAAUAAAAGAUGCUUUAACAAUUUCUGAAGCACUUCCAGACUAUCCAUCUAUGGUAAAAUAUACAACAAGACUCUUGCGCAAAUUGUUCAUGUAUAUACAUAGAGACGAACAAGUACGUUUGUCGGCAUCAAUUCCACGCAUCGUUGGUGCUGGUAAAAAACUAGGAUUGGAUAUGGAAUUUAAAUAUUGGGGCCUGAAUAUUGUUAAAGGAAUUCAAGUGUGUCGUCCAACCUCAAGGAGGAUACCUUAUCCACAUGCUAACAAGAAAUUAUCUUUAAAGAAUGAAGAUAAGAAAGAAGGAGUUAGUCCUUUUAUUUAUCAAUCUUUUAAUAAAAAGAAAGUAGAGACUGCUCAGAUACAUUUAAUAGCGAAUGAAACUUCAUAUUUCCUAGUUACCUUAGCAAAUCCUUUUGCAUUUGAUAUGGAAAUUCAAAACAUAUCAGUGAGAAUUUCUGGAACACCAACCGAGUCUGGAGAAUUAAUUGUUAGGGGAUGUAAAAUAAAAGUACAUGGUUGUUUAGAACAAGAAUUUUGUUUAUUUUUGCCACCAAAUGAAGAAGAAAUUAAAAAGAAAGAAAGAGAUGAAGAGUAUAGCAAAAGGAUAAAGAAAUGUGGCUUAGCCGCGUUAAAUUCGUAUCAUAAAAAAGAUACUACACAAUCGAAUGAACAAGAGGAGAAUUCACCUACUAAAAAAACUUUUGUUUCAGAAUUUUUAAAAGUUUCUGUUAUUACUGAACAACCAUUAAUAAAGAUCAAAUCCACUUCACUAAUGCAUGGAGCAAUGAUGUUAUUUGAGGGAGAACAAACUGAACUGACAAUAAAACUUGAGAAUGUUGGAAAAACGCCAGUUGAUUUCUUAAAUUUAUCAUUUAAUGAUUCAACUAUUGCCAAUGCUCAAGCAUUAUUAAAUUCAUCAGAUAUGCCAGCGGAGGAAGCAUAUGAAAUGGAAUUAUAUGCGCAUAAACAAUCAGUAUUUUCUUGGAAUAAAAAAGAUAAUGUUAAAAUUUUACCAGGGAAUGAAUGGAUAGUUAAUGUUAAUGUAUUUGGAAAGAGAGGAUGCGUGAAUGGAACUAUACAAAUAGAUUACGGAUAUCUUAUUCGGCCAAAUACAUCGGAUGAUGAACAAUUUUAUACAAGACAAGUAUUUUAUCCAGUAUUAUUAACGAUUCAUCAAAAUUUGGAAACAAUAUCAAUGGAUAUACUUAAUUUUAAACCUUUAAAUGGAGACGAAAAUUAUGAGUCAGCUAAUCGUGAUAUUGAAGAUCAAAGGAAUGGGGUGAUCGAAGAUUUGCUUAAAGUUAUGAAGUGGAACAAUAAAGGUUCAAGAAAAGAUUUUAUGGAAAAAAUGGAAAAUGAUUAUUGUUUAUUAACAUUUGAUAUAAGAAAUGUUUGGCACGUUGGAUUUGAUGUUACCAUUGAGACUGAUGAAGGCGAAGAUAUUGAUCCUUUAACCAUUACUACAACGAUUCAGCCUGCUUCAACUGCAAGAAUUAUAUUACCCAUUAAGCGAAUUUCACUUUCAGAGAAAGAAUAUACACAACCCAUUCCAUCACUUCUAGAAAAACAAUUUGUUGUCUCAAAAGGACCGAAGGGAUCUGCCGAGCAAGAAAGAUUAUCUUUAGCAUUAUUUUGGUAUAGAGAAAAGUUGUUACAAAAAAUAAAGGCUACAUGGGAAUCUUCAUUUACAAAUCAAAAAGGAAUAGUUGAUAUUAGAUCAUUGAGACUUAAUAAAUCAAUGUUAAAUGUAUUAAAAAUUAAUGAAGUAUCAUUUGGUAUUGAUAUAGAAGAUGCGUCAAAAAAAUCAAGUAAAUUAUGUAUAAGAAUUCAACCUGUACAAAGUUAUAGUGAUGGUAUAAUGGAAUGGGAUUUGUCUAAAAGAAUGGUUUGGAAUGGAUUAUUACAAACUCCCUUACCAAAGAUUGCACCAAAAUCUUCAAUAACAUAUACAUUACCUAUAUGUUUUUUUUCAAGAGGAGACUUUAAAUUUUUAUAUCAUUGUGAAGAUGUUCAUACAAGAACAAUGUAUUUUGAUACGCAACCAUUAAUUGUUGAAGUUGUUGAUAGUUAA